ACUUCACCGACCUAAUAGUAGCGAUUGCUUUCUCCCCCAAAAAAAAAAAAAAAGCGACUGCUUCUCUUUACUCUCUUCUACUUCACUGCCUUUUACAUUUUAGCCAAACCAGGGGACGCCCUUGAAAGCUGUGUUUGAGAACUGAAAAUGAAGGAGCAAGAUUCACCCACAACACCGCCAAUACCAAUCACUUCACAGCAACUAGCAACGCCGAGUGUUGUGAAGAAAGAUAGCUCCGUAACUGCUGGAUUCUUGGGUAAAAGUGGGUACAAAUUCUGGGUCUUGGCUGCAAUUCUCCUGCUUGCUUUCUGGUCCAUGUUUACUGGCUCUGUUUCUCUCAAAUGGUCUUCUGGUCAUCUUACUGCAUUUUCCGAUGACAUCGAUUUCUCUGUCUAUGAUGAUCUUGACGUUCUCGAAUUGGAAGAAAGAGAGAAGGUGGUGAGGAAGAUGUGGGAUGUUUAUACGCACAGCGCAAGCGUUCGAUUGCCGAGGUUUUGGCUUGAAGCAUUCGAGGCUGCUUAUGAAUAUCUAUCGAGUGAUGUUCCUGGAGUUCGAGAUACAGCUAUGUCUGAGAUUGCUAAAUUAUCUAUGCGCUCCCUAAAUCUUGAUUCGCCCUCUCUUCGAUCAAAGAGCAUCAGUGUAGGAAAAGAGAAUUCUAACAGAAAGGAGAUAUCUGCAAGCAGGAGGAGCUUAUAAGUGGAGCUUACAGUCCCUGUUGCUGUAAAAAAAAUGGAUGCUGUUUCAACCUCUCAUACCACUUCAUGUUCGGAGGACAUAGCAUUAUCUUUUAAGUCUUUGGGAUGAAGUUUUCCACCAUUAAACUAUGAAUUGUAGCUGUAAAAAAAAAUGGAUGCUGUUUCAACCUACUGAGGAGGAUGCUACUCAUUAAAUAUGUUUAUGAACUGAACAUUUACCGAA